AUCGUUCGUGGCGAUGCAGCGUACGUGCAACGAAGUCGACUUUUCGUCGCUAACGUCACGUGCGAUUGAUAUCGCGGUCCUCGGUGCGACAAUAGUGCGACGCUGCGUUCUUGCUACAAUUCUGUUCGAACGCGGCUCGUUUCGCGAAGCGGUUAAUCACGUGAUCCGCGCUCGUCGCGGUCAAUCGCAGCAGCAUUCACGCCGUUCGCGAGUCGGCGAGCGACACGGCCGGGGACGACGGUUUUCCACGGGGGUGUUCGAUCGUGCACUCGCCAGUAGUUCCGUCGGCGAGAGAGCCCACGUGGCCUGGUCGCGGUGACAGUAGGUGUUCGACGGUGCACGACGUUCGACGGCGGGCGAACGCUGCUUCUCUCUCUCGCGGUUCCUCGAGAGUGCCGUGCGAUAUUAUUGCGGGUUAUGAAGCAUAGUCGCGCGCUUCCAGACGACUUCAAGUGGAUGACCGCGCGUUUUCUGCGACGCCGAUGCUUUCCGUUGAGGAGACAAUUACUGCGGCGCUAAGAUGAGUUGGAUGGCUCGUUACGGAAGCGAAAAAUCCCUUCAUCCUCUACAAUCGAUGCAUCCAGGUCAAUCAACUCUCCCCGUCGUCGCCGUCGCUGUCGCCGCUGCUGCUACCCCAACGUCUCUCGCGUCAACGAUGACAACGUGUGCUGUCACCUCGCCGAACAAGGUCACUGCCGCAAUUUGCUCUCCUCGCGUGUCAAGUCCUGGAUCAGCUGAUAGUCCUACUGCCACCUCUCCAGUGGACUCCCGUAUACCGAGGCCAUCGCCGUCGGCCCUGCGUCGCGCCGCUAGCAUGCGCCUGCGCGGCGAACGGGUACCGCCACAUCCGCGAGCCACCACCGCUACCAGCACGACCCUGGUCGGCUACCAACACCAUCACCGUCGUCACAACCACCUCCUGCAGUUGUCGCAGCAGCAUCAACAUCCGGAUCAUCAUACCUUCCCGGUCAUCACGGAGAAUGGAACCGACUCGCCGCGACAACGAUCCCUCAGUCUCUCACUGACACCGGUGAGGCCGCGGCCUGGUCACGCGGCCUCUGGGGGAACAACGACGGGAGCUAACGAUGAUAGCGAUGCCGAAAGCGUGAGGAGCUACAGCAGCGCUUGUAGCACGGCGAGUGCCUGCGAGCAUGCCUCCUUUGCAUUGAACGGCACCACUUGGUCCGGUCGAUCGCGGAAAUACGUCGUGCAUUGUUCGAAUCACAUCGGCGAUAACGAGCAAUACCUCACGCCCACUCAAAGAGCGGCUAAACAUGUCAGAAAGUUUCAGUCUUUAUUGAAAGAGGCGCGCAAAGAGAUCGAUGAGAAGGACCGGGAGAUCUUGCGUUUAACGAAGGAGGUCGUGGAGCUGAGAUUGUACAAGGCUUCACUGAACAGUCCGGAGGAACGAACGGAUAGUAGCGACGCGCUCACCGUGCGUGAGAACAAUCCUUUCUCGCCGGAGUCGCCGAGCAAAGAUCUUCCCGACGAAGGUGCCGCUGAGAAAUCCAUUGUCAGCCCGGAAACGCCGGAGAAACGUGCACACGUGGAUCCUUCCCCGUCAUUAACCGAUUCCGGGCACUUCGAAAAUGGUUCCGUCCAUUCGAAAGACUCCGUAUGCCUACCCGAAUCACAGCCGGAGAUCGUUACCGGUACGGCAACGUGCGCCAACACCGUAUCCAGCGAUAUUGUUUCUGAUGCGACCUCAGCAACGCCGAUUAACACAGAGCGAGACGAAGAGAGACGAUUAGUUAGUCAUUAUGAAAAUAGAAUCGAAGAUAUGCAUAGGCGGCAUGUCGACGAGUUGCAGGAAGUCAAACAAAAACACAAUGACAAGGUGGAAAGUUUAUUGAAUCAACUGUCCGAGGUCAAUACCCGUUAUUGCGAGGUGCGGCCAACCGUGGACCUUGCAGAGGCUCGUGCGCGUGAAUUAGAGGGCGAAUUAGAGGCUGUGAAGACUGAGCUUAACGAGCAGAAAACUCUCUUGAGCGAACAAGAGGAAAGGAAUAAGCAAAUGUACCUGAAAAUGUAUGCCAAAGGACAAGAAGCCGCGCGUAUAGAGCAAGCUGAUCAGAUACUCGUGCACGCGCACCAAUCACCGCCUAAAGUCACCGUUGCAGAACUGCUUCAACAAUUGACCGUCACACAAGCAGAGUUAGAAAAUGUUAAGGACACAAGUUACUCGCCUGAACCUCACAUUUCAGCCGAACGUAGCCAAAGUUUAUUAAGCGCUCAGGAGGCUGUUUCUCUCUGGGUCCUUGGCACACGUAAGGCAAUGUAUCGGCGCAUUGUAGAAGCGAGAAGCAGCCAGGGUACUCUCGAUCCGGAAAUCACCUUGCAGUUCCUAAAAUCGGCGAUCUACUAUUUCCUAACUGAUAAGGAGAAUCAUCAAGGUCAUCUAAAUGCUAUUGAAAGUAUCCUGGGUUUUACGGACGCGGAAAAGCACAAUAUCGAUAAAUAUUAUCGAACGGCCAGAAAGUAACGCUUUCUAAAAGCUUUCGAUAUAAGAAAUUAUUUCAUUGUUGACGAAUGGUGUUAAAUAAUCUAAUGCCCGAGUUUUCACGAUACAUUUCUUUCGUAGAUUUCGAGAUUACGCAUUCUGGUGUGUAGUCGAAAACUUUGUAUAAACUUCAUGAAUACUUUUUAAUUAUUAGGAGAUGCAGUAUAAGUCCAUGAUAAAUAUAAAUUUUUUAAAUAUCCAUUUAAACAUUUUUUUUUAAGUAACAAUUAUCACUUUUUAUUAAUUUAUAGAACGUUGUGAAGUUUAUACAUAUUAUAUUUUAUCAAAAAUACGUGAAAAAAUCUUUCUACUUUUAAUUUUUAUGUAUUAUAUGUAACGUAAUGCAAAAGAUUUAAAAAAAGACACGUCUGACAAUAUGUCUGACAAAUUAUUAUAAAAGAUUCAAAAAAAUAUAAAUGUAUUAAAAUUUUGUUAUAAUAUUUUACAUCACAUUUUUAUCGCGCCGCUACAGGUUAGUUGGCAAUUUUAGGGAAACUAAAUUAUUCUAAUGAGGUAUGUAAAGUUCUGGGAUUUAACAAAAAUUAUAUACAUAUAGCUUGGAUAGACUGAGAAAGGUUUAUUUAUAGCUGUGUGUGUAACAUCACAUUCUACGAUGGCCAUGUAUUACAAAGUAAUAUUACGCGUAUCGCACGAUUUACAUGCUUUAAAUAUAGAUAAAAAUAUGCUAGUUAUACCUGACAAAAACUACAUUGUCUAGUUAUCGCUAAUCAUAUUUUACUUCUUCAUGAUUAUUACGCACUUACAUUCUUUAUAUCAUAAAUAUGAAACAUUCUAUAUAAAUGAGGAAAAAGCAUGUGAUAUAAGAUAAAAGGUUCAUGUGAAGGAGACUUUGAAAUCGAACUCGAGAAUUUAUCUUUGUAUAAUUAUUUGAAAUGCAUGUCCAUCUGUUCGUACAAGUACGAAAGUUGAAUAUAUCUUUCUCGUUAUCACGUGUGUGAAUCCCUGAACAUAGAUCAAAUAAAAUUUAUUUAUAUAUUUACCUGUUAUGAAAAUGAAAUAUAUAAUAUAUAUAAUAUCUAUAUACACGUAUAUAUCCAGGAUGAAUCAGGUUUCCUGUUCGCCUUUCACGUUUCUAAUUAUGUACUAGGAUAUGAUUUUGGAGUAGAAUGCCGCAGUAGGAGGGAUAUAAAUCGAUAUCCUUUUAAAGGAUAAUAAAUUAAUUCUACAUGUACAUAAUACUCUGAACCAUCCUGUAUAUAUUAUCUAUAUCAAAGUCUGGUAAAAUGACGUCCAGAUAAGGUAACAAUAUGGAGACUGAAGGAUAUAUCUUGCCUUUUUAUCUGCUUGUAACUUCAAGUUAAGUAGAUCUUGUGAUUCAAGUGCAACUAUUAGUGGACGUCAAUAAGCACACUUCCUAUGUCUUGUUAUAAUUACAGUUAUUCAUUUUCUCUUAUGCGAUACUUUCAUUUACUUAAUUUCAAACCAAAGAGAGACGUACAGUCAAUUAACGUGCAUGAAUUACUUUAUUAUGAUUAAAGUUAAUGCUUAGCAUCAAACAUUAUUUUAUCUCCGUCAAAGCCUGGAUAUGUUCGUAAGAACGUCAGAUAUAGCUAAUUUUCAUAUUAUUUUUUCAGAUUGGUAUAUUGUUGAACCGUUUAAUGAGUAUCGAACGGAAAUAAAAAUGUGUAAUGUUAGAAUUUUAUCAUUUAACACGAUUGGUUUGAAAAAUGUGUGCAUAAGGGUGCCAAUGAUGGAGGGAUGAUGUACAGAUACAGAUCAUAUCACAUACAGAUCGCUUUUUGAAGCAAUACUCUCUCAAUAAACGUUUUAUAAAUCAAGAAACAAACAUUAACAGUAAUAUCUGCUAUAUCAAAACGUCCAUAGUUGAAAAAUAUGAUUUCGUAUAUUACAUCUAAGCAGUCACAUUCCUAACUCUGAAAAUUUUCGUUUUAAUUAUUUUACGAUGAAGUUCCUUUUUUUUGUACGAGUAUUAGGCCUAAGUAAGCGCCAUUAUAAUUGAUAAAGCUCCAACAUGUCGUUCCAUCGAAAAUAAUAUUCAUAAUGAUAAUGCGUGAAAGAAUGUCGAGGAAUGUUUAAAACAUGACACUCAAAAAAAUUCGUUUCUUUGUUUCGAUAAGAGUUUCUGCGAUUUUAAUAAGUAUGUAUAAUGCAAUUAAUUCUACAUUCUUGUUCCUUCCCCUUUUAUAUAUAUUACAGUGAAAGACAUAUUUCCUUAAUUUAUUCUUACAUUAUCGGUGUUUGGAUUACAUUGUACGCAGUGUGGAAAGUUGAAAUAAAAAUUAAGAAAUU